AUUACAGCCGACACUGGGAGUCACCACGGGUUGGCUGUGGCAGGGCGGAACUCCUGAACUGCAGACGUGCUUUUGCGUGAUCCCGGAUCAGCCACCAUGCAAUUGUUCGCGUACGCAAGCUCUGUCUUUGUUGUCAUUUCGUGGACGAGUUUAGAGCAAUUGUUGGGAGCAACUGCAGCACCUACAGGAAGCCCACGAUAUACGCACGGCAUCCAGCCAUUCUCAGGUCAACCAUCCCCAACGGAUGCAGCCAUCCAGGGCGAAACAAACAUCGCUUCUUCGUGGCAAUCCUUCAUCGGAGACCCACUCACCAAUGACCUCGAUGGCACAACUACUGCAACAACUCAUGCAAACCUAGAGGCAGAUGCCACAGACAAGGUACAACUGGAAAUGGAAGAAACUGUAACGAUAGAACCGACAGGACUGCCUGACGAUGCCAACAUGGAAGGCGAUGGUCCUGAAGAUGCCAUCCUUCCAACUGAUGCUUGGACGAAGGCCACGGUCAAGAGCAACGAAGAAGCAACAGAAGAGUUUGGUUUCUCAAAGAAGGCUAUGUCGAUCUCUGAUGCUGAAGACUCUCUUGGGAGCAAGACUACGCAUAUGUCAUCUCCCAAAAGGUCGUGGAGCAACAAUGUCACAAGUCCUGGCUUAAUGAUAAUUGGCAGCUCAAUGCAGGAGGCGGCAAGGGGCUCAGAGUUAGAUACUACUAAUGGACCUAAAUUGAUUCCAAAAUUACUCAUCAUGCGAAGCACUUUGCAACCCUCUGUCGAUACAAAUUUCACCGCGGAUGACGCCAAUACACACGUUUCAUCCGAACCCACAAAAGCGGCAAAGGAUUCGACAAAUAUUCCUCGUCCUGUCGAAGAGAAUCCUACAGAUAUUACUGAAAACACGCAGGAAUAUCACAGGUUGGAGUCGUCGCUGUCUGAAAGAGCUUCAAGGUCGAACAUCAGCGCCGCCGCCGUUGACAUUGAGGAGGGGAGUAGAUUGCUGGACUUCAUUAACGUAACCGAAGCAGUAAGCCUUCCCCAAAUGUCAGGACUUUCAUCCGGCGCGGGGGAGAAUGAUCACAGCACUUACACGAGUCACGGGUCAAUGUGUAAAUCUUCUUCUACUGCCGCGUGUCAGAACAACGGCACGUGUACCACAGGGAACGGCGGGCUCGCCUGCACUUGCACGGCGUUGUACAGGGGGCGCUUCUGUCAGGAAUCAAAACUGAAGCUGGCAGUCGGAGAAACAAUCGGCACGUCCGCAACCGUUCACUGGUCGACGGUAGACGUCAACGACACCGUUGUAACGUCGCUGUAUUUCUCUGAUGGCUCUAGGUGGGACCACAUAAGCACCAGCACCCGCAACAGCUUCACAUUUAAUGGUUUGCAACCACGCCAACAUUACAACCAAGGAGUGCAGUCUUUAUUUCUCUGCACCCAUCUUUCAGAUGAAACGCAAGCGUUGUAUGUCUCUCCAGAGAAAAGACCCUUGAAGACAUAUUCGCCGGAUUUCUUGGUGAGACUGACUUCCGUGCUGAACUUUGAGGAUUCGACGUAG